AUGGGAUUAUUCCGCACUACAUUCGGCCUGGGUCUCCUGGUUGCCCUCGUCGCCUUUGUGGUUGGUCCAGUAAAGCAUAUCGUGAAGAUUGGAGGCUUCUUUCUCACGCCAAAUCCGACGGUGCUGGGCAAGGGUCAGGGCCCCAUUCGUAUCGAAGACACAAUCCAUUGCGAGGAUGUGCACCACUAUCGCCCAGCCAACCUGCUGUUCACUGCGUGCGAAGACUACAAAGAUACUCGGUUUAGCUGGUUCCCGCCACUCGGGAACUUUGUGCCGCCGACAACCCGCGGGUCAAUUCAUGUCGUGGACCCGAAGACAAUGAAGUCGACGCGGCUGGCUUUUGAGAAUUUCGAGGGCUUGUUCGCGACCCACGGCAUCGAUGUCAUUGAAGACCCCAAGCAGGCCGAUGCAGUUUAUAUCUUCGCCGUCAAUCACUUACCCAACCCGGAAUACUUGCAAGUGGGCGAGGGCGCAGAGGUUCCAAAGGCCCGGUCCCAGAUCGAAAUCUUCCGGCAUGUUCUGCAAUCCGAUACAGUGCAGCAUGUGCGCUCGGUCCAGCACCCGCUGAUUGAGACCCCCAACGAUAUCUAUGCCGAAAGCCCGAUCUCCUUCUACGUGACCAAUGAUCACUUCUACCGCGAGGGCACGCUGCGACUAAUCGAGGAUGUGUGGUCGUCGGCCAAAUGGUCCAGCAUCAUCUACGUGCAGCUUGAAAGCUUGGUGGUUCCGGAUGCUACCGCCGGGCUCCAUGCUUCGGUUGCGCUGAAGGGCCUGUGGAAUAACAAUGGUUUGGGCCACGGCCGCACCGACGCCGAGGUUGUCAUUUCUAGUGCUAUGGGUGGCGAGCUGUACCUCGCCCAUGUAGACCGCAGCGACGAUUCUCUUUCUGUCCAGAGCACCAUUCCCUUUGACACCCUCACUGAUAAUCCCAGCUACUACGCGGAUCCCUACCGUAGCGAGGAUGAUGAUGCAAGCGGCUUCGUCGUCGCCGGCAUCUCACAACCCUGCCACAUACCCACCACGUCCAAGGAUCCGAACGCCACCGAUGCCUCACGGGUUUGGUAUGCGCGUCCACAAGCUGGGAUCGAAGUCUGGGAAAAGAAGUUGCUAUUUGAGGAUGAUGGAUCUCGCAUCCGCAGUGCCAGUGCCGCUGUCUUGGUGCCCAUUGAACCCACCGAGGAUGGCAAGAAACGCGCCUGGCUGUUCGUGACGGGGUUCAUGUCGGAAAGCAUGGUGGCCGUACAGGUCGAGCUAUAG